UCAAUAUAUAUUGUUCCUUUUGAGUGACGUGAACCCAAGGUUAUUCAGGAGUAGUGAUACGUUUAUUGCGCUAUUAAUAAAGUUCCCAUAAAAUAUAACUAGACCAACUACUAUCACUCUCCCGUUUAAAUAAUUCUAAGAGAAGUACCAGUCCUUUAUAAAUAUUUACGUGAACAAAGAAUGCAGGGAAAUCAGCAUAGUUGAUUUCAUAUGUUUCUUAUCAGAAAACAGUAUGAAUUCGGGGCAAUCCCCGAACCGCAAAUCUAUCCGCGAAUCCGCCAUCUUAUUGCAAGUUUCGUCUGUCAUAAAGUGUUUAGCGUGUCAACACAUCCCUAAUGUCCGGAUAAGCGAUGAAGAGCUAGUGCCAGAAGGUUUCUACGUGAAGAUUACCAACCGAUUUAAAAAAAAGACAAUUACAGAACAAAAUUCAUAUUUUACAUAGGCUAUAACAACAACGAGAGAUCAACAACGGUAAAUCGCGUGAAGUGUGAAGUGCAUACUCAUACAAAUGGAGGUAGGCUUAUUAAUUGAGUCGCCAGUUUUACAUGUAUACAUGGUAUAGGUCAUCGGAUACUGAUUGGGUAUAUUUUGGCACGCGUAUUUCGCUUGAACAGUGCAACGAAACAAUACAAUGAAGAGUGCAAUUUGACAUUUUCAUCCAUUUGAAGCAGGAUUUAAAAUUCGGCGAAGAACAUCGAAAAUUUUCUCAAGACGAGAAAAAACACGCAAUAAACAAAGCCGCAUCAUACUGUAGGAUUUAAAUUAUAACAUAGGCAUAUCUGGUGAUCCAGAUACACCUCUUUUGAUUGCAGCAGAAAAUGUCAGUGUCCAAUUAGUCAAAGAACUAGUAGAGAUGGGAGAUGAUGUGAACGAGGGGAUGGGAAGGGCAUGACACCUCUUCACGCUGCAGCGGCUAAAGGAUUUAAAGAUUUAGUUGAAUAUCUCUUGAAGAAUUGAGCUAUUAUUGAUAUUGAAACUAAUCAAAAAGGUUCCACACCUCUACACGCAGCACUAUCCUAUCUUGAUAUAGUAAAAUAUCUCAUUGAUCCAGGAGCACAAGCUAAUACGGCUGAUAAUGAGGGUGCCACGUCACACUUCUCCACUUGACAUCAUGCAAGGGUCAUCUUGAUAUAGUUAGGUCUCUCAUUGAUCAAGGAGCACAAUUUGAUAUGGCUGAUAAUAAGGGUAUCACUCCUCUCCACAGUGCAUCAUUCAAUGGUCAUCUUGAUGUCGUGAAAUAUCUCAUUGAUCAAGGAGCACAAGCUAAUACGGCUAAUAAUGCAGGUGUCACACCUCUCCACAAUGCAUCAUUCAAUGGUCAUUUUGAUGUCGUGAAAUAUCUCAUUGAUCAAGGAGCACAAGCUAAUACGGCUAAUAAUGCGGGUAUCACACCUCUCCACAGUGCAUCAUUCAAUGGUCAUCUUGAUGUCGUGAAAUAUCUCAUUGAUCAAGGAGCACAAGCUAAUACGGCUGAUAAUGAGGGUGUCACACCUCUUCACAGUGCAUCAUUGAAUGGUCAUCUUGAUGUCGUGAAGUAUCUAAUUGAUCAAGGAGCACAAGCUGACACGGCUGAUAAUGCGGAUGGCGAAACAGCGCUCCACCCGGCAUCUCGGGGCGGUCACAGCAACGUUGGUCGGUAUCUCAAGAGUGAACAAGCAAGAUUAGGGUCCGGAUUAAAAGAAAAAGGAAAAACAAGACCAGCUUUACAACCAUCAGGAUCAUCACUAAAAAAGUCAGGAACAUUAGAGAUAAGAGAAUCUGCACCCAAGGCAACGGUACCCGCACUAAGCGCACCAAGUGCUGUUUAUGGAGCAGGAGGAUCAACGCCAAGAGCAGGAAGACCAGAAAUAGAAGCAGCAGCAUCGACACAUGAUGCACCAUAUCCAGUGUCAGGACCAGUAAGACUAGCACUUGAAGCAGCUGCACUGACCGAUGGAGCAUCAGGUCUGGUGCCAGGAACAGCAAAACAAGCACAAGAAGCGGCAGCAUCGACAUUUGGAUCGGACCUUGUGCCAGAAGCAGUGAGGCUAGUACCGCAGUCAGUUGGACUGAGAUUUGGAACACCAAAACCAGUAUCAGAGGCUGAGAGGCCAGAUCUACGAGCAACAGCAUCGUCAGGGUCAGUAGGAGCUGCAACAUUAUCCGCACUAAGAGCACUAGAUCUAUUAGAUGUAGCGGGAGGAUCAACUCCAGGAUCUUCCAAACCAGCACCAGGACCAUCAGGAGCAGAAAAGCCAGAGGGGCCAAUACCAGAACGAACAUGGCAAGCACAAAAACAAACAAGCGCACGGAGAGCAGCAGGACCAGGACAAGUACCAACAGGACGAGCAACAGAAGACGCAAGAAAAGGGUCAGAAGGAUUGGAUUCUGUGAUCAAUGAUGAAUUUGACGACAUUUUGACCAAUAUUGCCAAGAACCUUUACAAAGACUCAGACAUCGAUAAUCUCGGAAGAAAGUUGGGAGUAAGAAUAGCUGCUAUUAAUCUCUAUAUCAAAAGAAAUAAUCAACCAGGAGAAAGAUAUAUGGGAACAUUAGAAAUGCUGAGGGAUUGGCGUGAAGGGCAGAAACGUUCGCAGGAACGGCAGGUAUUGAGUUCAGCGUUAGUGGCAGCUGAAUUGAUUAGAAUGAACGAGGAUUAUUUUGGGACGUCUACCAUGGACUCUCAAGAUGAUGUCUUGGCUAGUGGAAAGUUCGAUGAACGCGGAGGGGAACUGUCAGUCAAGUCCUAUGGCUUUAUACUUAUCAUCCCAGAGGGCGCCCUAGAGAAAGAUGAACAAAUUGAUCUACGUGUACUCACCGAAAUGCCGGAUGGACUCAGACUCCAAAAAAAUGAGAUGUUUGUUAGCCAUGGAUUCAAGCUCUGGCCAACAGGUCUUCAUUUUAAGAGACCGGUAAAAUUGAUAAUACCACACUGCGCGGUUGUCACUAUUCCAAACAAGAUUGAGACAGUAUUGUAUUCCAGGAAUCAAUCGGGUACAUUUGAGCGGAUUUCUCAUUCGGCCAACAUGAUUUGUUCAGUGCUAAACAAGUGGCUGGAGGUUCUUAUCAGCCAUUUCUGCGGAGGACACUUUGCCAUUAUUUGGGAUUGUCUAUAUCCACCUGAUUGUGGCAUUCUUUUGUCAUGCAUGUCAUUUCUUCCAAGAACGUUGCCUUCAUCUCGGAGACCAGUGCUCGAAGUUAGAUUUGCCAAGAAGAUUCGUGGCCAAACAUGGAAAGAUAUCCACGCUUUAGAUGUCAGAUUCCAACCUGUGAAGAGUGAUGACGACGAAAUUAUUUUCCGACGUAAAAAAAUUACUGUAUCAUGCAGUCUAAAUGGGAACAGUAUCAAUCCUGAAGCAAUUCAUUACGAAGACUUACAGAGCCAUCUGAAGAAGACCGUCUACUUUGUUCUAGAUCUUAAUAAAAACCAUGAUACCCUUGUUACCCUUAACUUGGAUCAAGAUAAGGAUUCAGAUCGGAGAGAGACAAUCAGUUUCAACACAUACUUCCAAGAUGAAACGGAAGAUGCACUAAGAUCAGUUAUACAACCAGUACGAUCAGCAGCAGAAGCAGCAGGACCAUUACAGAUACCAGGAUCUGCAUCUGAGGCAACAGGACCUGCACUAAGACCAUCAGGUCUAGUAUCUGAAGCUGAAGGAUCAACGCCAGGACCUGCUAGAUCAGCACCAGGAGCAAAAAAGUAUGUGGGACCAGUACCAGAAGCAACACGGCAAGUCACAGAACAAGAGAUUGGAGCAGCAGGACCAACACAAGCCCAAACAAGAUCAGCAGUAGAAGAAACGAGAAAGGGGUCAAAAAGGUAUGUAAAAAAAUGUUACUGUUCUGCAAAAAUGAUUGUAAAGGACAUCGUUUUAGUUAAGAUAGCUGAAGAGUUUCCGCACUUAAAAUACACGAAACUAUGUUUGGAACUUGGAGAUACUGCUAUUGGAGCCAGCAAAAGGCUAGUCAAACACAAACAAGAUUACAACGAGGCAGUCAUGGAAAUUCUAGUGGCGUGGAAGACUCGAACAGGGGGUUAUAAGGCUGAUUUAGAGAAUGUACUUGAAAAUAUUGAAGCUGGUGGACUCGUAGGUCUUCUUAAGUAG